CCACAUCCGUCUAGUCACAGGUUUAUUGUAACAUAGUCUAGUACAGUGUCAUAAAAGGAUAUUUUAAAUGAAUGCAACAAGCAUUUCUGUCAAUUCGAAUGAGUUACAGAGUCACGUGGAGCUGGUGUGGUUAAAAAUAGCCGGGUCAGAGGCCCUAGUUACACGGGCCAGUUUAGUUACAUUUGACACUUAAGAGCUGCUUCUGAGUCCAGAUGCUUAUUUGACAGAGACCAGCCAGACGCUUCAUCUCCGCUUACGGCAGGAGACUCUACAAUAAUGGACAAAAACGCAGAGGUGUUAGCAUGUGGUGCUUCAAUUAUGAAGGAUGUCUGGGAAAUCAGACUGAGGGAGUAUCGACAGAAACGGCAGCUGGAAGAGGAGAGGAUUCGGAAGAGCGCUCUGGAGAGAAUCAAUCAGGAUUGGAAGGGGCGCAUGUCCUCCAAAAUUAAAACCCCUAAAAGACUGGAGAAGAAAGCCAAGCUUCCUGAAGAAUCGACUCUGGAUGCGCACAAAGCUAAAAAGACGUACCUCGGCAGGCCUCAAGGCUUCCAGAGCAGUCGGAUUCAGAGGCAGGUGGAUUUGAUGAAAACCUCUAAAGCCAAUAAAUUGUCCCUAUUACGUCAGCUCAAUGAAAGCUGCCCAGGGUUGAUGGUGUGGGCGAAGUCCUGGAAGUUUUCGCAACCUUUGGCGCAACCUGAGGAAAUUCCCUGUGCGUUCGAUUGGGGGCAAUCGUGGAAGUUUCUCAAUUUUCAGCCAAGCACUGAUGGCAAACCGUGGUUUGAUGUCAAGUUCGAAGCCAAUGAGGAUACAAGCUCCAAUGGCAUGUUUCUGUGGGAGAAACUAAGCCGAGCUGUGGACUAUGAACUUCAACAAGACCCAGUCACUCCAGAAUGGGAAAAGUCUUGGAAAUUCAGUCAGAAAACAGUGUGUGAGGAAAACACAAAUAAAAGUGAUUGCAACAAAUUUUAUCAUCAAAAUGAGGAGAUCUUAUCAGACUGGAACGAGUCCUGGAAGUCAAUGAAGCCUGCAGAUGUUAAGUCUGAUUUAAUUCAAUCUACUGCUAAUAAGGAAAUCCAACCUGAAUUAUCAUGGAAUAGUUCUUGGAUGCAUUUUAAAAAGCAGCUUCAUAUUAAAUCUAAAGCUACUAAUAAUUUAGGUUGGGGUGAAUCUUGGAGAGUUGCGAAAACUGCAUCCGAAAAGGAGAUGAAAUCAAACCAGUUGCAAGCAAUGGGAGAGCUCCAUCCCGACAUCUGCAACGUAAUAAUGAAUGUGUCUAGAGAGAUGAAGCACAUGAUUCCAUGGAGCUCUCUGUUCGGUGGGAGGGAAGCACAGCUGUCCGAAUGGGAAAAAUCAUGGACGACCAUAAAAAAUCUGUCAGAGUGUAAAGAAGAGAGAAAUAAAGAGGUGGAAGUCAAGGUUGAGACAUUGAAACCAGUCGAGCAGCCAAUUGAACGUGUGAAAUUCAAUGCACUCGCUUUGCCAAAGAGCCAGAAGUGGCGAGAGAUGCUAAACUUCUCUGAGCAAGUAAAUUGGAAGGACUCUUGGAAGAUGAUGAAACGCCAGCGUAGAGAAGAAAGGGCCUUGAUGAACCGGAGACUUACACCUUCGCAAUUCCCACAAACUCUCACCACCGAAUGGAAAGAUUCUUGGAAGUUCACCAACUUAACGCUUAACCAAGACGGAGGUCUAUGGCAGCAGGGAUGGUCCACCAUUUCUCAACCCAGGCCUAUAAGAAGAGUGCGUGAAAAUGACGAUAUUCAGCAUAACGGACCAGCAGGGGUUCGAACAUGGUCCGAGUCCUGGAGGUCAACGAGAAGUCAAAAUCCUCUGGACAGACCAGGGACAAGAGCAACUAGCCAGCCGGUGUGUCAACAAACAUAUCCACGAUCCUUGGCGGACUGGGAACAAUCGUGGAAGUCAACAACUCCUCUGCGUCCUCAUGAUAGACCCUCCGUGACGGCAUGGGCUGGUUCUUGGAGGUUCUCAAGCUGGGAGAAUGUCCAAAAUGAGCAUGCGUGGUUUGACAAAUCAAUGGAAAUCAAAGGCAGUGAGAAACCUUCUGCAUUUAGAAGAUCAUUUGAUUCUCACAUAUUCAAAGAACGAUAUCCCACAAGCGAGUGGAAUGACUCCUGCAGGGUUAAGAAGAGGUUUGAUGGUCCUGGACUUGCUCAGCUAAUGAAAAACGAAGAGCUAGACUGGGAUAAUUCUUGGAUGUUGUCCAGCACAGAGUUUUAUCGAAAAUGCGGUGAAUGCUAUUUGAAUUCUCAGCUGGCGACUGAUGUCAAGAGCCGAUCGGUGCAGAUCGAGAGAAGGUCAGAGUGGGGUCGAUCGUGGAAGAUGUCAAACCCACAACCACCAAAGAACAUCGCCUCGUGGAUUGAUGCAAAGCCGAGAUCAUUCAAUGCACAAGACUCGAUUCUUUGGUAUAAACACAAAGGCAUCUAUUAUUUAUCUUCGCUCAAAGACUUGAAGCUGAAAAUCUGGAGCAAGUCCUGGAGGUUCAUGAAGAUCGACCUUGACUCGAAGCACGGGAAGGAUGAGAAUGAAUCUGUGAUAAUGACAAAGGCUAUAAAGAUAAGAAAAGAAAUGUACUCGCAUAUAGAUCAGCAGAAACCACAAACGAAGAGGUGGAGUGAUGCGUGUAAACUAGCAAAGACGCAACCACGAGCAAAGCGUAACGUUCAAUCCGGCGAGCCGGAAGAUGAAGAAAUGUUGGCAGAAUGGACGGAAUCUUGGAAGUUCUCGAAUAAUUUAAAAACUCGAGAGCCUGCAACGGUUUCUCUGAGCAAAUGGAAAAAGUCUUGGAAGUUUCUCCUCGAUCCGAAUGUAGCAAUCAAAGGUCCCAAAACUAGCAAGAAUCGUUGAGGUCAGGUUUCAAGAGCACGUCUUUCAUUUAAAAUAAAUGACAAAUGAUGUUUUGAAAACUUCGACAGAUUCACCCCCAGAAUAAAGUUGUGUGUCCUGUGCAGAUAA